GUCUGAUAUAUCUUGGUCGACUCCGCUUUGUACGAUACCAGACAAGAUGAACGAAGAUGCAAUGGCAGAUCAGCCUAUGGUCAAUCCAAAGCAGCGCACAGAUCCGCGGACACUGAGGCCUGCGUCUACCUGGCAAGACAAUCUUGGCUGGGGCCUGCGAGACAUCAUCCUUCGCCUCGGUAUCGGACCAGACGAGAUAUACGAAGUCAAGCCUCGGCCGGAGGGUCCAGUGCCGACACACUCAGUCGUAGAACAGCACGCUUUUGUGGCACCGUAUGCUUUUGCACCCAUACUGCUUCAGUGGAUCGCCUACUACUAUGGCGAGCAACGCUGGAGCACGGCUAAGGCCUUCUUCAUUUACGAAUUCGCUUUCAUCAUCUAUGCUGGUCAAAUGAUCCGUCAUUUGCACAUGUUGAUGCUUCGCUAUGGCACUUUUGACCAAGAAAAUCGCCCGCGUGACUUGCUCGACGAUAAGAAUGCCUACAAGACGGCUUCUGCCGUACUGGUGUACAUCCUCCUUCGAUGCGCAGGGCCAAUCUCGUUCUUCUUCGAGCCAAAUGAAAUGCCACAUUUUGAUCUUUGGUCGCCAGUCCGUAUUUCUGCCUAUCUGCUUGCACUCGACUAUUUCUUCUAUUGCUAUCACCGAUCUUGCCAUCAAGUACCCUGGCUUUGGCACAUCCAUAGAAAGCAUCACUCGACAAAGCACCCAAGCCCGUUGCUUUCGAUUCUCGGCGAUGACAUUCAAGAGACGCUGGAGAUCGCCGUCAUACCCUCGCUAUCGCAAUUGGUCGUGAUGCUACCUUUUCACGAACUCUAUGUCGCAAUGUGCUAUCUCCUUUUUGUCGAAGCAAUGGGCCACACUGGCGCACGGUCGGACAUGGGCCACCCGCUCUUCUUUUGGCUCAAGCCUCUCGGUCUUGGACUGUGUAUCGAAGAUCACGAUCUACACCAUCGUAACGGCUACCGUAUGCGAGGGCUCAACAUGGGCAAGCAGACACGUCUGUUCGACACGCUUUUCGGUACCUGCGGCAAGAGACUCGAGACGAGUGACCAUGGAUUGUUCAAAGAUGGCACUCUAUUUGGAUAGCCUUAUGGCUGCAGUGAGAUCGUUUGAAUAUUGCAUGCAAGGUCAUUCAUUGCC